AACCGGAUCGUUCGCGGUCGACACAUCACUAGCAGUCAGAGGCCAACUGUGUCCGGUCCGGUGACAACAUCGACGGCUUGCGGCUAAGAAGUCGAAGAGUUCACCCGGGUUUCCCCCCUGAAGCUGAACCGACAACACCUCCGCCACCAUGACCGCUGCUGUGAGAGAUUCUGCCAAGGUGCUGAUCCGAAGUGCUGGCGAUGGCAUGGAAACAAAAAAAACUCCGGCUGUCCCGGAAGUGAACACAGAAACGCCACCGCCUGCUCCCUCUGCCCCUCUCCUCCUGAAGGUGGCCAGUCCUAAACGCAGCCCUAAAUGUCCUCACCCUCCCGCUCCGCAACCUCUCGGGGUGCUCCACCUGGGCAAAGUCAAUCGAGAGGCCUGCACAGAGGUGGAGGCCGUGAGGAUCGUGGUCCCUCGUGCCGCUAUUAGCCGAACCACCCGCACGGGACCCGUUGAAGGGAAAGGAGAGGCUGGGCAACAGAAUGAGGAGCAGGGCUCACCUCCGCUGCCUCUGGUGGAGGACUGGAGAGGACAGCUGGAGAAGCUGCAGAACUCUGAACGCAGGCUGCUGCAGGACAAAGAAGGCCUUUCUAAUCAGCUCCGGGUGCAGACGGAGGUGAACCGCGAGCUAAAGAAGCUGCUGGUGGCGUCUGUGGGUGAUGACCUUCAGUACCACUUUGAGCGCCUGGCACGUGAGAAGAACCAGCUGAUCCUGGAGAAUGAGGCUCUGGGUCGGAGUCUGGCACACACGGCGGAGCAGCUGGAGAGAAUGAGCAUCCAGUGUGACGUUUGGAGGAGCAAGUUCCUGGCCAGCAGGGUCAUGGCAGAGGAGCUGACGAAUGCCAGAGCAGCUCUGCAGAGACAGACCAGAGAAGCACAAGGAGCCAUUCAGGACCUGCUGUUAGAGAGAGAGGAGUUCUCCAGAGACAUGCUGCUCACUCACAGAUCUCUGGAGCAGCUCCUGGUGUCUCUGCAGUGGGGCAGACAGCAGACGUACUACCCCAGUGCACAACCCCUUAGCACCGGAGAGCUGGCAGCAGCAAAUCACAAGCUCGCAGAUGCCAUUAACUCCCACCUGCUGGGCAACACCAGCAACACCAGCAGCAGCGUGGUGAAGAGCAGCAGCGCAACAGCCGAGCAUCUCUGCAGCACACCGGCUGAAAAGAUGGCUGAGAAGGUGCUGAAGAUUUUAGAUCCAAUCUCCUGCUCCGAAAACAACACAGAUCCUCCACUCAGCAACUCGAGCCCAUCAAACUUCCUCGGCAACAAGAAGAGCAUCGGCAGGUUUCACCCAUACACCCGCUACGAGAACAUCACUUUCAACUGCUGCGAGCGCUGCUCUGGAGACAUCCUGGUGCUGUAGAGGUCAAAGAGGUCCUCAUCUGACACCACCGGAGUGUCAGAGGAGUGGACUGUGGAGGAUGAUGUUGCUGCUGUGUUGAGUCAACAGCACAUUUUUAGUUUUGCUUUCUUUCUUAUUGCAGAGGAAACAUAAGUUCAGACUCAAGUGUUAAAAUAAUGUCAGCAGAAUGCAUUUCAGAGCUAUUUAUCGCAGGGAUGUGAGAUCAUGCUGAGUCAGUGUUACGUGUUGAAAAGACGCAGUUCGACUGUCUGCUCAUUCAAACAUUCAACAAUAAUCUAGUGUGUCGUAUUUACAUAUAAGUCUGUGUGGCUGCGAUGGCUGAAGCUCGACCGGAUGGCGUGUUGUGGACGACAACACGAUGAGCUGAUCGCAGUCUUAACUCGCACUGUGAGCGAGGACGCCUCUUACACUGCAGGGUUCUCCCCGGUCUCUCUGUAUGAUGGUGCUAUCAUAUAUUGAACAUAUCAUAUUCACAGAUUUUGUAUAUUGCAUGCUGAGAAGGCAUUCUGAUAUACAUGGAAUCUUUUGGUAGUGAUUCUACGGUACCAUGAUAGAUUAUCAUUGUUCAGCAGUAUUGUUCAAAGGAAGCUCUGAUAUUAUCUGUACACACACACACACACACACACACAUAUACAGUAUUUGCAAAGAGUUUGACUUUUGCAGUGUUUCAAAGAAAAAUUACUUUUUUUCCCCCAGAAAUCUUCCAAAAAGAUUUGUUUUUAUUGAAUCAUGUCAUUCAUCAGGGUGAAUUUUUUUUUAUAUAUAAUUCAUUAUUUAAAAAAAAGAUUCAGAAUACACUACUAUGAGAUGAUUGUAAUAUAUUGCCUUUUUAAAAACCAUGCUGUAUAUUUUGAUUUGUUUCUUUGAUCUGUCUGGAGACGUUGCUUUUCGCAGUGAGAAGAAUAAUUUACAGUGAAAAGCACGCAGUGAGAAUAUUUCUACAUCUUUUGUUUUCCAUGUCAGACCAAAAUAAAGACCAAAGCAGUUUC